AUGGAGGACUCUCUCUACGACGCUACCACACAUGUACUCUGCAUUCCCAAACUCCCUGCAGCCCUGUCCGUACUGGUUUCGAGACCCCCCGCAGGUAGACGGGAAGACCCAGACAAACAACGAGUGCAGCUCUCGUCACAUGCUGACGCAUUCGCCAGAUCUCUCGGCAAAGAACGCCCGCGGUACGAGAAAGAGGAGGAAAGGGAGAAAUUGGGGGGCUUGAGACAGUGUACCUGGACAUCCCUGGACAAUGUCGUUGGGCGCGAAGAGGAUGAUCAGCGCCCCGGGUUGUGGCCUGGGAAAAAGAGAAGGCGGAAAAUAUCGAGAAAUGGUGAUGAUAGUGACGAUGAAGAUGGACGCCCACAGCUCAGGGGAUUGGCAGUGUCUCUAAUCUACGAAAAAGAUACGUUUCAGUUCAUGAUAUACACUCAGUCGCCAAGAUGCAGCCUCUCGAAGCGCAGGCGGAUCGCUACUUCGAAACAUCAGCCGUCCACCGAAGCGGAAGAAGAGAGCGCAAUUCUGCUCUCAAAGGCAUCGCCGACAGCUCUAAAAUCAUUCACAAAAUAUCUGCAAGACACAUUCGCCGUCACCACCAUCUAUCCGUUUGAGCCAUCUUCGAGUCAGAUGCAGGUCACGCUCGAAAGGUACCUGGCUACCAUCCACAAAUCUCUUUCCAGCGCGAGUCCACAAAGCCUCCACGACAGCUUCAGCAGUAUCCUGGGGAAAAUCGAAUUCACCGUCUCUUUCUCCCAUCCCGUGGCCACGGGCUUGAGGUCCGUCCACGUAGCCAUUCCUGCCACCGCGUUUCUUACCUGGUACAACUCUGUCGAGACUCCGGAGGGAGGGAAUGAGAGGGGACAGAAAACAUUCUCGGAAUCGCUGGCUGGCUGGAUCAAAGCCAAGUCAGGCCUUUGCCUACCUGUUUUGCACGAGAAGGACGGCAUGAUAGCCCAACAACAUAACCCUGGGGAUGGUGACACGGCGACUGUUGGCAGCGAUAAUCGCGAUGACCCCUCAAAUUCCUCCGAGACCUCAAAAGCUCAAGACUCGCCGUCAUCAAUGACGAUGAAAAUAUCAAGAAUCUCAACCGAAGCGUACACCAUCUCAGCAGCGUCAGGCUUGAAAUUCAAGUCUCGGGCCCUCCACGCCGUCGAGGGUACCAGUGCCGACACGGGCACGGAUGCGGACGACAGAGAUAACUGCGUCCGACGCGCGAAUAGGGGUCUUCUGCUGGCUAUCAUCGAGUAUACGCGCCCCAGCCACGACAAGCAGCAAAGCCACGUCAUUGACGGAAUGACACUGGCUGACGUCACGUGA